AUGCAACUCACUAUUUGGCCGAAUUAUCUUCUCGUUAUAACUGUCCUGAUCUCUUCAUCAACUGGGUUUCAAACUUCUGCCGGUCGCCCGAAUGAUCUGAACUUUACAGCGGCCCAAGCACAGGCAGCGAGUUGUGACCAAGCAUGUCAAACAAAUCUACAAGAGGGAAUUGACGGGGACGUCGCAACCUUUGGUUCCGUACCUUUUGAUUCUAGCUUCUACGCAACUGCUCCAAAUUUUACUAACUCACAGCCGGGGGCCCUGUUAAAAUUACAGCAGCUAAAUGAAACUACACUCGACAUUCCGCCAGGGACAUCAUUCUUCUUGAUGCAAUACACGUCUGUAGGGCUAAACGGGUCGAUUGUUCCAGCCACUGCCUUUGUAGCCCUCCCAUUCUCGGCGGAUAUAGCGAGUAAUCAAAGCUCCCCAAUUCGCCUUGUGGCUUUUGCGCAUGGAACGAUCGGGUAUGUUCCUAGCUGUGCUCCGUCUUCUUCUUACAAUGGAUAUGAUUACUUCACUUGGGAAAUUCUAUCAUAUCCUGGAUAUGGCGUGGUGGCAACAGACUAUGCAGGACUGGGGAACAAUUAUACUACUCAUAAAUAUGGCAAUCCCGUCCUCAAUGGCAAUGAUGUUUACUACUCGGUGGUCGCGGCACGCGAAGCAUUCUCAGGGACUUUUACAAACCAAUGGGCUGCUAUUGGUCACUCUCAAGGUGCAGGAGCAGUAUGGGGUCUAAGUGAAAACCCCCUUGUGGCUUCCAACGCUAGUGGUAAAUAUCUGGGAGGGGUUGCUGUUGGCCCCAGUGCUCGACUCUACGACAUUCUUACGCUGGCGAAUCCUAAUUCUGGCUAUUGGCCCAUGGUCAAGAAUAUAUUUGAUGGGCUGCCUUUUCUACCACAGCCAAAUCUGCUCACACCAACCGCGUUAAAUCGAACGCAGCUCAUAUCUGAACUUCAACUUUGCUUUGAUGCCAUUUCCGUCUUGAAUGAGGACCUUCCAGCGUGGGGCCUCGUAAAUUCAACUCCUGCCAUUACUGCGCAAAACGGCAACGCCUACACGGCAUUUCAGAACAUGUUUGGAGCAGCGACAGGGAAGAAAGUUUACCAAAAUCUUCUUGUCGUUAAUUCCGUUGAUGAUCAAACAAUUGUUGUCAACGCUACUCUAAAAGCGUGGAAUGCAUCAUGCAGUGCAGGGAAUAGCGUCCACCUCAGUCUGUACACGGGAGGUCUCAGCCACACGCAAAGUUUUCCUGCCUCAUCUCCCGAAUGGCUUCAAUGGCUUGAUAAUCAAUUCACUAGUGGAGGAACUGCCAAUGCAACCGGUUGCUCGAUCUCGACCGCUACCCCAUUCGUCAGCCCAAUCGGUAUAGUAAACAAUGGCUGA